AUGUGGCCAGAAACUGUUGAUGACAAUUAUUGUUCCAAAUUUAGUUAUAUUUUUGUUCGCAGGAAGCUCCUUGGCGCUUGUUCGUCAACCUCUUCCCAGCCAUCGCUUCCAGCUCCUUUGUGGAAGAAGUUUUGGCGUACUAGUGCCCAGCCCCAUUGCAAGGAGGUGGCGUGGCGUGUAGUUUCAUCUUUACUUCCAGUCCGUGUAGCGCUUCGUCGGAGAGGCAUGGAUGUUGACCCUUUGUUCCCGGUGUGUAAUAAUGAGGAGGAGACCGUGUUUCACUUGUCUGUGUCUUGUCCUGUGACCCAGAAUUUCUGGUUUGGCUCUCCCCUUUCCCUUCGUGUGCACGGAUUUAGCUCCAUGGAGGACUUCUUGGCGGACUUUUUCCGAGCAGCUGAUGACGAUGCACUCGCACUAUGGCAUGCUGGAGUGUACGCUCUUUGGGAGAUGCGCAACCGUGUGGUUUUUCGAGAUGGUGAGAUUCAUGUGCCCGUAGCAGCCGUGAUCCAGCGAUGUUCCAUGCUAGCUGCCGCGCCGGUGUCAGAGGUGACGGUGGUGCCUAGACCAGCCCCGUUGUUGGAGGCAACUUGGGCCCGGCCACCUUAUGGUAUCUACAAGCUGAAUUUUGAUGCAGCUGUGGCUACCACGGGAGAUGUGGGUUUUGGUUUGAUUGUGAGGAAUAUGUCCGGUGAGGUCCUUGCUUCUGCAGCACAAUAUUUUCACCAUGCAGCUUCAGCGAUUCUUGGGGAGGCUUUAGCCUUCCGCUGGUCUAUGCAGCUUGUCAUUCAGAUGGGGUUUCGUCGGGUUCUUUUUAGACAGAUUGUUUGCAGCUGUUCCAGCUUUGGAAGAAACCUCCAGAUGGUCGAUCCUGGUACCGCUUCCAAGUAUACUGAUAUGGUUUGGGUUGAAGAGGUACCUAGAGAGGCCAUAACUUUGGUUCAUAAGAAUGUAAUGGCUUCUAUGCCUGCUUUUGAUUAA